AAAUAACAACUUUGAUGAUAGUUCAAGUUCAACCUUUGAUCCUUUCGACUUCACCGAAUUUGAUGAAUGGCAUGAACGCCUUACAUUACGAAAUCGAACACUUGACUCCAUGAUAGAGGAUGUUGCUUUCAGCAUUCCAACUCUAUCCCUACAACCUACAAACCACACAAAUAGAGCCCGACGACGAUUCAUUGAACGACAACGUGAGAAGGGCCAUGAAGGUGUGUUCGAGCAAUACUUUUCUGACGAACCGAUCUACACUCCAGAAGUUUUUCGAACCAGAUUUCGCAUGCGAAAGCCAUUAUUCGAACGGAUAAUGAGCAAACUCGUUGCUACCGACCAAUUUUUUCAACAAAAUCGUGAUGCGGCUGGUCGUUUAGGUAUGUCUUCGAUUCAAAAAUGUACUGCAGCUAUGAGAGUCUUGGCAUACGGGACCGGAGCAGAUUUGCAUGACGAAUACCUCCGAAUGAGUGCACAAACCAUAAGACGAUCAGUUGAAAAAUUCGUUGAAGGUGUAAUUAACAACUUCGGAGAUGAAUACCUCAGAAAGCCAAAUGAAGAAGACCUAUCAUAUUUGCUGCAUGUCGGUGAACAACGAGGUUUUCCAGGUAUGUUGGGCAGUAUUGAUUGCAUGCAUUGGGAAUGGAAAAAUUGCCCUACUGCAUGGGCAGGGCAAUAUGCAGGAAGAAAUGGUAAGGCGACAAUCAUUUUGGAAGCAGUUGCAUCUCAAGAUUUAUGGAUCUGGCAUGCAUUUUUUGGAACUCCGGGUUCCAGAAAUGAUAUCAACGUGCUUGAACAAUCUCCUGUGUUCAAGGACAUCUUGGAAGGUCGAGCACCGGAAGUUAGUUAUGUUGUAAAUGGUCACGAGAAGAAUAUGGGAUAUUAUCUUACUGAUGGCAUAUAUCCCCAAUGGGCAGUAUUUGUCAAAUCUAUUAAUGGUCCACAGAUUAGGAAGCACCAACUGUUUGCCCAACAUCAAGAGGCUGCUCGAAAAGAUGUUGAAAGGGCAUUUGGUGUUUUACAGGCUCGUUUCCAUUUUAUCAAAAGACCAUGUCUUAUGUGGGAUCGUGAUAUGAUGGGAAAAGUGAUGUUAGCUUGCAUCAUUAUGCACAAUAUGAUAGUGGAAGAUGAGAGGCACACUUACCUUAAUUAUUGUGAUCCUGCAGAAUUUAUGGAAGCUAGAAGAUUUAGUAAUCAGAGUGGAGAUGUGGAAGAAAAUGAAGAUCCAAAUUUUGAGUUCUCUACAGAACGGAUUGCAAGUCUCUCUAGCUAUAUGAGAAAUAGAUCACAAGUUCGUAACAGAGAAGCUCACAAUGCUUUAAAAAAUGACUUGAUCGAGCAUAUUUGGCAGAAGUUUGGCCGUGAAAAUUGA